AUGGAUUCUCAACAAGGCUCCGGCGACGAUAAGUGGGAGGUCGUCGACGUCGACGGCGGCAGCGAUAAUUCGUGGGACGACCUUGCCGAAUUUGACGACGGCAUUGGCGACGGCGGAAAUUCGUCCGAGGACGUUGAUGAGUAUUCCAACGGCAACAGCGACGGCGAUGAUACGUUGUUGGAUGUUGCCGAAAAUACCGACGGCGACGAGGAGGAGGAGGUGGAGAAGAAGCAUUACACAAUCCUCAAAGAAGAAACAAUGAAGCAUCUCCAACGAUACGAUAGCAAAGAAGUUUUCGAGGAAUGGUUCGCCGAUGAUGAGAGAUCACGCGCCGCCGUUGGCAUACCGGCCGAUGAAAAGCCGGGGACGCCCGAGGGAAGCUACUGCGUAAUUUGCACAAAAACCGUCGGGUUUAGCGGCGCGUUGUCCGGUAGCUGCGGCUCCGGAUGCCGGAUGCCGCGCUACCCAGAGCAGCAAUGCGCCACCACCGUGGCCGGCCUUGACACCGUGGAGGAGGCGGCGGCCGAAGAUCAUAAAUGCAGAUUUGAUGAGUCUUUACGCCGAUCGUACGUCGAAUCCAGCCGGAAUCGGAAGUGGUGCCCUCGGCCGAGAAGCGAAUUCGCAGUGGAGAUUGAAGGUGGCGGCGACGGAGACGAGGAAACCUACGAGACGACGUACGACUGUGGCUAUAAAUUCUGCUGGCGGUGUGCGGAGGAGCAGCACCACCGCGCCGGCUGCGACGAGGUGGUGAAGUGGACGAAGAAAAACAGCUCCGAGGCUGCAGAUCAAAUCGACACUUGGAUUCUAACCCUAAUUUGCACCAAAUCGUGCCCUAAAUGCGACAAGAAAAUUGAGAAAACUCAAGGCUGCAACCGCGUGAAAUGCGGCGCCUGCAACCACCAAUUCUGCUGGUUUUGCCUGCACAAUUGA